GGGUGGAGGAAGGGGAGGAGGAGGAGGAGGCGAAGGCCGGGUGCGGGGGGGAUUUAAGGGCCCGCGGUCCCCCCGGCCCGGCCUCCUCCCGCCGCCCAGAGGGACGUGGGUGUGGAGACCCAAGUUUGAACGGGUACGUGUGUGACCCCCUCCUCUCCCCGCUCUCUCUGUGCAGCACCCGCUCAGCGCCGCACGAUGAAGGCUCUUCUCCUCCUCCUCCUCGCCCAGCUCUGCUCCGCAUCGCUGGUCCCCGAGAGGGAGAAGGACCCCGAGUACUGGCGGCGGCAGGCGCAGGAGACCCUGCGGAACGCACUGAGGCUGCAGCGCCUCAACCAGAACGUGGCCAAGAACCUCAUCCUCUUCCUGGGGGACGGCAUGGGCGUCUCCACGGUCACGGCCGCCCGCAUCCUCAAGGGGCAGCUGCAGCACGGGCAGGGCGAGGAGAGCCUGCUGGAGAUGGAGAAGUUCCCCUACGUGGCCCUGGCCAAGACCUACAACACCAACGCCCAGGUGCCCGACAGCGCUGGCACGGCCACUGCCUACCUGUGCGGUGUCAAAGCCAACGAGGGCACCCUGGGCGUCAGCGCCGGCGUCACCCGCGACCGCUGCAACACCACCAAGGGCCAGGAGGUGACCUCCAUCCUCCGCUGGGCCAAGGACGCAGGGAAGGCCGUGGGGAUCGUCACCACCACGCGCGUGACCCACGCGACGCCCAGCGCCGCCUACGCCCACUCUGCCAACCGCGACUGGUACUCGGACGGGGAGAUGCCCCCGGACGCCCUGGAGGGCGGCUGCAAGGACAUCGCCCGGCAGCUGGUGGAGAACAUCCCCGACAUCGAGGUGAUCAUGGGUGGAGGGAGGAAAUACAUGUUCCCCAAAAACGCCAGUGACGUGGAGUAUCCCCACGAGGAGAAGCACCGGGGCACCCGCCUGGACCGCAGGAACCUCGUCCAGGCGUGGCAGGAGGCCAAACCCCCCGGCAAGGUUGCCAAGUACGUGUGGCACCGGCGGGAGCUGCUGGCGCUCAACCUCAGCCGCAUCGACUUCCUCCUGGGUCUCUUCGAGCCCGGGGACAUGGUGUACGAGCUGGACAGGAACAACGAGACGGAUCCUUCCCUCAGCGAGAUGGUGGCUGUGGCCAUCAGGAUGCUCCAGAAAAACCCCCGGGGCUUCUUCCUCCUGGUUGAAGGCGGCCGCAUCGACCACGGGCACCACGAGGGGAAGGCGAAGCAGGCGCUGCACGAGGCUGUGGAGCUGGACCGCGCCAUCGGCCUGGCCACGCGCCUCACGUCAGCUCAGGACACCCUGAGCGUCGUCACCGCCGACCACUCGCACGUCUUCACCUUCGGCGGCUACACCCCCCGCGGGAACCCCAUCUUCGGUCUGGCCCCCAUGCAGAGCGACGUGGACCGCAAGCCCUUCACCUCCAUCCUCUACGGCAACGGCCCCGGCUACAAAAUCGUGGCGGGCGAGCGAGAAAACGUCUCUGCCGUGGAUUUUGCACACGCCGACUACCAGGCGCAGUCGGCCGUGCCGCUGCGGCAGGAGACCCACGGCGGCGAGGAUGUGGCCGUGUUCGCCCAGGGCCCCAUGGCCCACCUGCUCCACGGGGUCCACGAGCAGAACUACAUCCCCCACGCCAUGGCCUACGCCGCCUGCAUCGGCUCCAACCGCGCCCACUGCAACGCCGGCGCCCGCCCCGCCGCCCCCCUGCUCCUGCCCUUCCUCGCCCUCCUCAUCCUCCUCUGCUGAAGUGCCUCUUGCAGAUCACCCAGGGGGGAUUUAUUUUUAAUUCGUCCCCCCUUUUUAUGGUGUGUUAUUUUUUUUUUUUUUGUGGAGAGCAGCGCCCGGGAAAGAGGAGAGAAGGAGAACAGAGAGACUCAGCGGAGCAAAAGCAGCCGCCGGCGGUUUGGUGCUGGGAGCUGCCUCUGUAAAUACACGGUUCCUUCCCUAUAAUUAGCAGCGUUCCCUGCCCUGUCCCAAACCCACUGUGGGAUUUGGGAUGGCAGCCGGAGGCUCAGCGGAUAAAACCCCCUCUUUGAGCGGAACGCGAUGGGGCUGGGUCCCAAAAUGCCUCCCAAACGUCCCCUUGGCUGAGGACUGACCCCGCUGCCCAGCUCCUCACAUGUGUGGGGAGCCAGAAACCACGCCAAGAUGGGGAAAAAAAAUUAACUCAACAGGUUAAUUUGUCCCUAAACUU